ACUUACCAGUCAUAAAUAUACAUUAGGAUAUCUUCCCCUUAUUAACGUUCAUAACUCGCGGGCAAGCGUUUAAAAGAAUAAGAUUCAAACACUUAUAAGACCGAGAUCACAUCUCAGGUGCUUGCCCAAAUCAGUUCAUCUUCCGGCGUGCAACAGAACGUUCAUACUUUACUUGGCAGAGAUUUUCUUUGUCUCAGCCACGGAGUGAUACAAAUACUUUGUAUUUGUAUAAGGUAUUGGUAUAGAUACUCUCUCAUGCUCUUAGUUUAAGUAUGGAAGAAGCCAGUAUUAUUUCGAACGACGAAUUAAAUUCGGGCUCGGAAUUCCAUAAUUUACAAACCGUAAUGGAGGCCAAAGGGAAAAAAACGCGGUCCGGGAGGAAAUCCUCCAGCAAAGCUAACGAGAAAAUGGAACAAUUAGAAAACAGAGUCAACGAAAGGUUAGACACUAUGAUGAAUUUUCUAAGAGAAAGUAUUCAAACUUUGUCCAGCAGUGUUUUAGAGAAUACAGCUUCUCAUAAUGUGCACGAGACAAACGGGACAAACGUGUAUCAUAAUUCGUUAGCGGAUCAGGAUACCGGUGGUUUAUCCACGCGGAGACCUGAGCCCAUGGUAUCAAAUGUAGACGAUUCAUCUGGAAUGCGUCCGAUUAUACCUUUGGAAAGUGAAGUCCAAAUUGAAGGGACAUUAAGUGUGCCUGAAAUGGACGAUAUGAUAUCAUUAGCUCCAAGUGUCAGAGAAGUACGUGAGCUAUUGGGUGAUAACGAAUCCUCAGUACAAGAGGAAUCUAUGGCUGCCCAUGAUUUUGAUAACAAUCAACAUAAGUUGGACAGCAACAACAACAAUAGAUUUCAGAACUUGAUCAAUAAAAGUGACGAACAUACAAAAACUCUAACUGAUAUUUUUGGCAAUGUUUCUUCUUCAGAGGAAGAAAAAACUGGAUUAGUUUUAGACAAAACACAAGAGGAGAUCUUGAAAAAGUCAUGGAGAAUUACUGAUCCUGAACGCUUGUCUGCUUAUAGAGAUGAAUAUAGACAAUGUUUCCCUGUUCAUCCAAACUCGACAGCAUUUCUACAAGUUCCAGGGCUAGAUGACAGUUUAGAACCAAUGUUAAGAAAAAAACACGGAAAUAAAACCAAAGGUUGGGGGAAAAGUAAACAUUUAAUUUCCCAGCCGUACAAAAGUAUUGAAACUUUGGCAUAUCAGGGACAGAUGGCUGCUGGUAUGGGUAUUAUUUCAUUAAGCUACAUGCAGCAAGCUUUAGGAACGUUGUUAGAUUCUAUAACUUGUCAAGAUGCGGACACAGUUCAAGCAAUUAAAGACAUUUUCUCCAUGUCUACCAAGGCACUAGAUCAAAUGGGGAGAGCAGGGGCUUUUCACCAUCUUAUAAGAAGGAAAACUGCAGCACAAGACUCUGGAUUAUAUACCUUGAAGGAUAUUCAUAGCAAAAUUAUUUGCCUGCCUCUUUCAGAAGAUGGUGUCUUUGGCAAGAAAUUAGAAGAGAAACUAAAAGAAAGGAAAGAGCAGAAAGAUUCUCUUAAGGAUUUAAUUCCGGAAUGGAAUGAAAAAAAUCAGAAACGCAAAUUUUCAGAAAAUUCUGCUGAAAACUCUGGAAAUUUUAAAAAACCCAGAACUACUACUGUUUUGAAUAACAGUUACAGAACAUCUACUCAGAGACCCAAUUUCUCAAGACGGUCUUAUGACUACAAACCAAGAGAGGACAAUUCGAGAAAUACGUCUACAUCUGCUACAGUAGACAGAAUUGGCUCCUUUCGGAUCCCAAAGAAAUCUAAUAAAUGACUGGAGAUUAGAACAGGAGAUGCAGUGAUCUACAAUCUCUCAGACUGGGGGAAGGAUUUGUCAAUGUUCAGAAAAAAGGAGUAACUUUCAUCAGAGAAGGUUUGGCGAAGCAAGAUAGACCCAAUCAUUUUGGAGCAAAAAUAUUUGUUCCCACAUUUUCAGAAAACAAGUUACUGGAUCCAAAAAGAUCUUUGUUUUUCUAUUUGAAGAAAACAGAAACUCAUAGAAAAAAACUGAAAACAGAUUGCAAUAAAUUAUUUCUGAGUUUACUUGAGCCACAUCAAGCUGUGACAUCUCAGACCAUUUCAAAAUGGAUUGUUCAGACUAUACAUAUGGCUUACGAAAACAAACAAAAAUCUAAAGUGAAAGGACAUAGUACAAGAGCAAUAGGUCCUUCUAGGGCUUUAUUUAAUGGUGCAUCAAUAAAGUCAAUUUUAGAUUCUGCAGAUUGGAGCCAAGAAUCUACUUUUUGCAAUUUCUAUCUGAGAGAUGUAGAUGACAGCGUACCAGUUCUAAAAUGUUCUGUAAAUAAUUAAUUAUUUGUUUACUGUGUAAAUAGACUUUGUUGUUAGAGAUGUGAUCAUCUCCGGCGAGUUGCAAUUGAGAACAUUUGUUGUAUAUAGUUUCCAAUCACUCAAUAUGUGUACAUAGUAUUUGGUGGACGGCAUAACUAAUGACAGGUGAAAAUUGCUGUUCUUGAAAUUUUAUUUUUUGAGGUAAGAUAAUUUUUCUUUUCCUCCAUCCAUUUCAGAUUGCUUUUGAAUCUGAUUUAUCCUAAUGUAUAUUUAUGACUGGUAAGUAUAACGAACGAAAUAAAAUUGGAAAAUUUGUUAUCAAGUUUCAAUUUUAUGAGUGAGUUAUACUUACCAGUCAACUUUCCCACCUUCCACCCCUAAGAAAAAUUUAUUUUUGGAAGGUGUAUUUUCAUGUAGGUUGAGAACGUUCUGUUGCCCGCCUAUAUGAACUGAUUUGGGCAAGCACCUGAGAUGUGAUCUCGGUCUUAUAAGUGUUUGAAUCUUAUUCUUUUAAACGCUUGCCCGCGAGUUAUGAACGUUAAUAAGGGGAAGAUAUCCUAAUGUAUAUUUAUGACUGGUAAGUAUAACUCACUCAUAAAAUUGAAACUUGAUAACAAAUUUUCC